AUGAUGGAAGCAAACACAGCAAAGGCCCUGGAUUCCUUUGGAGAGAAGGCCCUCCAGCAGAUCUCUCAGCAAAUACAGAUGCUGCAGACAGCUUUUCAGAACAUGUCGAGGUUAACACAGCAGGACCUGGAGAACCUCAGAGCUGACAUGGAUCGCCAAUUUGGAAGGAUGACUGAAGCAAGCACAGCAAGGGCCCCGGAUUCCUUUCGAGAGAAGGACCUCCAGCAGAUCUCUCAGCAAAUACAAACACAGGAAACAGCUGUUCAGAACAUGCAGGGGUCCACAGAAGAGCACCUGGAUAUCCUGAGAGCAGACAUGGAGCGCCAAUUAGAGCUUUUCAAAAUGCAGCGCUACAAAGUGGAUGUCUCCCUGGAUCCUGACACAGCCCACCCCAGAUUGGAAAUCUCUGACAAUGGGAAGAGUGUGAAAGAUACCGGCACCAUAAGAACUGUGCCCAGGAAUGAGAAGAGAUUUGAUUCCCACCUUUAUGUGUUGGCAAAGGAAGGAUACACAUCUGGGAGACACUACUGGGAAGUGGAUGUUGGCAAGAGAAGCAGCUGGGCCUUGGGUAUUGCCCGAGAAUCUGUGACACGCAAAGGGACAUUGACUCUGUCUCCAAAGAAUGGCUUCUGGGUCAUGGGGUGUACAGAUGGGCGAGAGUAUUGGGCCUUCACAGAGCCUUGGACCCGUUUGAGUGUGGGUGGGAAGCUGCCAAAGAUUGGGAUCUUCCUGGACAUCUCAGCCAAGCAGCUGUUGUUUUACAAUGUCUGUAAGAAAGCAGCUCUGUACACUUUCACCAUUGCUGAUGGCAGCAGCCGGGAAGGGAAACUCCUUCCCUUCUUCUCCACAGGCUCAGCUGCUGCAAAGGCUGACACUGAGCCUCUGAAAAUAGUGCAGAGGUUUGAUGAUGAUGAAUAGAUCACUCUGCAUUGUGAAGGUCUAGAAUGUACAGCCAGGGAUCAGAUGGAGAUGUGAUCAACCUGCUGCCUCGUUUGUAUCUCCUGAACACAGCUGAGGUAGGAGGGGACAGAUGUAGUAUAGUGACCAGCUCUUUUAAACUAUGCAUCAGAAUGAAAAAGCUAUUGAGACAAAUUUUAGGGGCUCAAGAAAAAACUUUUUUUUUUUUUUUUUUGUGGCAACAUGGAAUAAAUACUUCUCCUGGAAGGUGUGUUUUCAGAAAAAAUUACUGGUCCUUUUUCUUAUACUUUGUUGUUUUGGGUUUUGUUGAAGAGGAAGAAUGAUAGAGCAACCUGUCAGGCACCUGGUGUCCAGCCAAGGUCAAGCCACCAUAGAUGUCCAGUUGUCUUUUGACCUUCUCCCAGGAUGGACACUCUCUUGGAAACUUGUACCAGUGCUUGGUCACCUUCACCGUAAUAAAGUGUUUCCUGAUGUUCAGAGGGAACCUUCUGUGUUUCUGUUUGUGCCCAUGGCAUCUUGUCCUGUCACCGGCACCACUGGCAAGAGCCUGGCUCUCUGUCACCUUUGCA